AAACAAAUCACAAUAAUUGCUUUAAUUUCCGUAGAUCCAAUACUCAUGUUUCCUCCAACCGCAAUAUUUCGCUCUCUAAUUGUUCUUAUUCUUGCAACAGGUGCGUUUUCACUUCCAUGUGGCAAUAAUGCUCCUUUGGCGUCUUCGGAUGAUUUGAACACGACGUCGUAUGGAGAAACUGGAUUGCAUAACUACCAAUGUGUGGGGAAUUUCGGACCUUGCGAUGGAACAUGUGAUGAAGCCUGUUGUUACAGGAUUUGCCGGAGUUCAUACAGUGGCCUUAAUCCCUGCCCUGUAUGUAGAGGAAGCCCUAUAAGAUUUUGUUUAUGCUAUCAUGAUUGCUAUUAGAUUAUAUAUGAUUAUUAUAUUAAUUUAUUUAUUACCUUGUACCAACUUUUUCAUAAGUAAUUCUUGCAAGGAUCCUUAGGC